CCGAUCUAAGCACUUCGUUAAACAUGCUGACGAUAUCCUCGGUUGUCCACAAUGCCAUCUUACUGCCAGCAUGGAGAGAGAUCCAGUCGACUUUGAUGGAGCACAUGCAUGAGUUUGUGGUGCCUUACAAAGACAAUCCUUCGGCGCUCCAGAUUCUAUUAAGCAUAUGUGGCGAUGCGUUUGCAAAACAAUUCUUUUCCUCUGAACGCGCCCAUGCAUACCUUUUGGUCGAGCCAUAUAUGUCUGCUGAUACUCGCAAUGAGUUGGAGUGCCAGCUUCUGUCGCAACUGCUCGCGUUUCUCGCCCCACAUGUUCGAGAUCGUCAAUAGACUUCACAAAUUUCACAUCCAGUGCUGCGUAGAUGUCCAACAUGCUCCAAAGCAAGACCAUGCAUCAACUUAAGAACAGUAUCGAAGAAUCCUACGCACUGCACGUGGCAGCACUUCCUUCAACUGCAUCAACCAUCGAGCAAGCCGCCACGAAUGCGAUCCAUCAUUUACACGGCCACUUCUUCAUCCCCCCAGUCUCAGCUCCACCCUUGCGAGCAGCCCCCACCUCGUCCUUUUUAACCAUCGUCUCCAAUCAGAGUGUUCGCUACCCCCUCGAAGCAGACGCGACGUUAGCCGCUCAAGCACUUGUCGAUGAAGCAAAUAUGUUCCAGUCGUGUCAUGGACGUUCACUACCGACGCAACUCCGUCAGCUUCUAUGGUUCCGACGACUCUACGUCCCUGACACAAGCGUUGAGAUUGGCUGGCGAUUACAAGCGAAUCAGUCGCUCUUGGCGUUGCCCCAGCCAUGGACAUCCCCCAUAUCGUCACUCCUGUUCCGCCUCGUUCGCGAUACUUUGGCAGAGUUUCCAAGCACGGCCGUCGACGACCAGCCUCGACUUUGUGAUGUCCUCAACAUGUGGUACGUCUUGACGAAGCUCCAAAGCAGCCACUUUCUGUACCUGGCCCUGCCGCUGGUGCGCCUCUUUCCAUCGUUCGACUCCAAGGAAUCCCAGUUGGUGUCUUGCUUGCAUGUGUUUCUGAACAAGUAUCACCGGUGCGGUGUUAGCCGGAGUGACCUGUACGCAUCCGCCCAACGGGUGUGGCUUGAUGUUGGGGUGCAAUACGCAAGUCUAUUCCACCACGUGGAUGGAAUUUUCGCCCACACCAAACUCGAUCUAGCCGAAAAGCCCUCGCAACUAUUUGUGCCGUACGCUGGACGACCAUGGACGCACCAUGAAAGAAAUGUGCAUGUGAAUAGUUUUGAUGUGUAUUGCCCCCCGUGUAGAUGGAUUCAGCGGGCAUUUGUUGGCUAUUUGCCCCAUCGCGCAGUUGAAUUUGUGUGGGACCAAUGCAUGCUGUCCAGCCAAGGGUGGCAGACGUGCCUCGAGCACUUUUGCGUCGAUGUGUGCGGGCUCCUCUUGCCCCAACUCGAACUCGCGACCAGUGUGGUCCAACUCGAAGCCGCCAUGGACUCGGGGCCACGGGGGUUGUUUACUCAGGACGUGCGUCGGGCGUUCCAACUUCGCGCUCCCUCUGGGCUGAAUGAACAACGUCGUUCGUCUAGCUAAUAUAACACGUGUAUUCUUAUUAAUGCAACGUGUUGCCGUCGUCAUCGUGGUCGUCGUGGUCGUCGUCGUCGUUGUCAUUGUCACCGUCAUCGUCAUCGUCGUCAUCGU